AUGGACCUGGCCAAUCUAUCAUUUCUCAUAUUUCUGUACAUUCCAAGUUCCGAUUCUGAAGCCAACAGAAAAUCAGAGAGAAAAACAAACAACAGAAUGAAGCUGGCCUUUGAUCUGAUCCUACUCCUACUGAUUUUAUUUGUAUUUCAAGUCUCAAGUUCUGGCUCUGAUCUUAUUCCUGAGUCAUGCAGAAACGCAUCAAAAGAUGACCCAAACAUCAACUAUGGUUUCUGCGUUUCAAGCCUUGAAGCCAUCUCCCAGAACCCACCAAGCAGACUUGAGGAACUCGUGGACAUGUCAGUUCAGAUAACUAAGUCCAAUGCAACCAACAUAGUUUCCACCAUUUCCAGUCUGUUGAAGGAUCCCGAGUUCAGUGAUUAUGCCAAGAAAUGCUUACAAGAUUGUUCUGAACUUUACUCAGACUCUGUUUUAGAUUUGGAUGACGCCAUUGGAGCUUUAAAGUCCAAAGAUUUCAACUCAGCAAGUACCAAGAUAAGCGCAGAAAUGAGUUCUUCUAGUACCUGUGAAGACCAAUUCAAGGAUGGGAAUGAAACGUCUCCUUUAACAGAAGACAACAAUACAUACUUUGAGCUCAACGCAAUGUCUUUGGCUUUCAUCCAGAUGCAGAAACAGCGCUCUUGA